UACGAGCUUUCGCUGCCGAAGCGCAUCCUAUAUAACACAAUAUAAAUCUCUAAAUUCAUAUAUUCUAUUUUGUAAAAUAAAAUUUUCUUAUUUUUGUUUGUGUAAUAAUAAUUUACAAAAAUUUAUUGGAUAUUGAUUGAAAAAUAAAAAUUAAUUGCAAAAUCUAUCUAUCUACGUGUAAUUGAAAUUAAAUUAAUGGAAAAUAUCAACGAAAACGACCGGUUUUGAUUUCACGAGUGAACUUUCUAUUUUAAACUACUGUGAAAUGUAAAAAUUCUUAUCUUUCUUCAAGAAUGACCAUGAUAAUAAGGAUAAAUAAAAAAAAAUAAGAUCUUAAUAUAUAAGGAUAAAUAAUAGAACGAGGAGAAUGAUAUUGGAAAGGAAAUUGGGUGAACGAGCAAUUGGAUUGGAAAUUUAAUUUAAUUUUCUUAAAAGUUGGUUAUAAAAAAGAAAGAAAGAAAGAAAGAAGUAAACAAUGAGCAAAGAGGGAAGUAGUGAUGGUGGUCAAGAAGCUGGUGGAGGAAAUAAAUCUCCGGGGAAGAACGAAAAUGCGGAUAUUUUUGAAAAUCGAGGUAGCAAGAAAAUAAUACGUUUGUUCACGGUAAUGGCUUACAUGUUCUCCGUAAGUUUCGUGGCCAUUGCCUUGAGCGCAUAUUAUUUAAUUCUUUGGAAACCUCCGGAUCCGAGGCUUCUGCGGAGGCCGAUUCAAUUUUUGUCGGAACCCGAAGUGCAAUUCUUGUUAAGCGAUCGAACGAUCGUAGAAAAGGAAUCUGCGAAGAAAGAAUCCAAGCAUUCGCUUUCCGGCCGUACCGGCGCGAACAAUCUUUUCCACAAUUACGACCACGUGAAAACACCGGAUGAAAAAUUGAACGAAUCUUUGAUCCUAUUGAGGAACACAUUAAUCGAAUCUUUGGAAAAUAGAAUCAAUGAUUCGAGUUCUCCUUCUUCUGCUCGGGAUUCACUUGGGGAAAAUUCUAAUUUCUUUAAUUACAAUUCGUUUGAAAAAGGAAAUAUAUCGUCAAACUUGAGAAAAUCGAGGGAGAAAGAUGCAAGACAUUCCUCUAAAAUUAUGAAUCGUAUAUUUAGUAAUAAUGGUACAUCCCAGACAUUGGAAUCUCCGACUAUUCCUGGAGAUGAAGCGAAACGCGAUCGUUUCACAACUGUUAGAAAUUACUCCUUGUAUCUUGAAUCUGUAUCUCGAGAUACAGAAUUCCCAUCGGACGAUCCGACGAGAAAAACUGUCGAGGAUCAAAAACAAAUGUACAAAGAAAAAAAUGUUCCGUCUAAUUUUAAAAUAAGAAUGGAAACAUUUGAUAAGAAGAAAGAGAAAGACGUAAAAACGACACGAUAUUUAAGAGAUAAUUCAUUCGAUGAAGGAACUAUGAUGGAUAAAAGAAAUCGUGAUAUCCGAGAAGAUGAUGAAAAUCUUGCAUACAAUGUGAAACCUGCGAUCAAUUUGAAUAGAGUAAUCAGUACAGAUUCUUCCAAUAAUUUCGAAUUUCCAAAUCGUCUGCAACACGAGCGAUCACUAAUGAAAUUAGCAGAUUUCGCGUUAAAAUUCAAAGAAACGCAGGUAGAAAAAAUGACAAAAUCGAUGACAAUAGCGAAUGAACAAAUUUCUUCAUCGGAAAUUAUGAGUACUCCUCAACAACAAAAGGAUCUGUUAACUAUUUUAACAGAAAUUGCUGAAACGUCAUCGACUACUACCCCGUUAAUAAUAUCUGAAGAUUUACAAACUAAUUUAAGUACAGAAACCAAAGAAAUAUCUACAAAAAUACAUUCAAAUAUUAAUUAAUUUGCUAGAAUAAUAUUAAAAACUAUUAACAAAAAAAAAUAAUCAAAUUUUAUUAUCAGAAUCUUUGAUUUUAUUAUGAUAUUUAUUUAAUAAUUUUGACUAAAAUAAUUUAAAUUAGUUUUUAAAUCUAUAUAUUUUUUAACUUUUGCAGAGAUGAAUUUUUAAACCGAAUUAUAAUUAUUUAUUGAAAUAAUUUUCUUACUGCAAUUGAAUAAUUGGGUGAUAAAAUCUUAAAAAUGAACAAUCAUUUUAUAUUUUUCCUUUAAUUUAUUUUUAAAUUAUAUACUAGUAAAAAAUUAAAUAAAAUAGUAGAAAUUAAAUAAAAUAUUUUUCAUUAUUAAUAAUAUAAACUGCAAUACUAAAUUUUUAUAUAUAACUAAUAACGUCAAGAGUGAUAAUAUACAAUUGACAUUAAAAUAAUUA